CACAUGUCACGUGAGCGACCCGUUGCCCUAGCGACGCGCUCCUGGAUCUUCGGCCGCUGGCAGCCGGUUGGCCCUGCUAGGGAUCAUCUGCUGGAUCCACAAGCAGGGAUAUGGCUGUGUCCUUCCUCGGCCAGUCCUUAAUGGCCGGGCCCUCCGAGGGCUUGUCUGAGGUCGACAAGAGCUCGGGGGAGCCUGAGAACACCUAUAUUCUGAGGCCCAUUUUCCAGCAAAGGUUUAGACCCUCUGUGGUUAAAGACUGCAUCCAUGCUGUGCUCAAGGAAGAAUUGGCAGGCGCUGAAUAUUCUCCAGAUGAAAUGCCUCAACUCACAAAACAUCUAUCAGAAAUGAUUAAAGAUAAGCUAAAAGAAUUGGGAUACGACCGGUAUAAAAUGGUGGUACAAGUGGUGAUUGGAGAACAGAGGGGUGAAGGAGUAUUCAUGGCUGCUCGCUGUUUCUGGGAUGCAGACACAGACAACUACACUCACGAUGUUUUCAUGAACGACAGCUUAUUCUGUAUUGUGGCAGCAUUUGGUUGUUUCUACUAUUGAAUCUUUGGAAAGUGACUGACUUCGAGGAAACCUUAACUUUUUUAUAUUGUUAAAUUUCCUGACCAAAUAAAAAUAAGUUGGCACUUUGGUACCUAAAA